AUGGAAUCUCCGGCCCGAACCUUCUUAGUGCUCAUCGCAAUCCUACUACUCAGCCCGAUAGCAGCCCUAGAAUACCCUCAAGAACCCAUCAACAAAUUAUAUCCCCACCUCAUGAGCAAUGCUACCGACGUUUCUCCGGCCCCUAAUCCCCAACCUCGGGCUCCCGCGCUGUUUGUUAUUGGGGAUUCUUCAGUUGACUGCGGCACCAACAACUUUCUUGGGACUUUUGCCCGGGCCGACCGGCCGCCGUACGGCAGGGAUUUCGACACGGGUCAGCCCACGGGCCGAUUUUGCAAUGGGAGAAUCCCUGUCGAUUUUAUCGCACUGGAACUUGGGCUGCCAUUUGUACCGAGCUAUCUUGGGCAGUCGGGCUCCGUCAAUGAUAUGAUUCGAGGGGUGAACUAUGCUUCUGCUGGUGCAGGCAUAAUCUUUUCAAGUGGAUCUGAAUUGGGACAACAUAUCUCUCUCACUCAGCAAAUGCAGCAGGUUAUGGACACAUUUCAACUGUUUAUUCUCAGCAUGGGGGAGGAUGCUGCUUAUGAUCUUAUUUCACAUUCCAUAUUCUAUAUUUCAAUCGGGAGCAAUGACUUCAUACACUACUACCUACGAAAUGCAUCUAAUGUGCAGUCCUUGUAUCUGCCUUGGAGAUUCAAUCAAUUCUUAGCUCAGACAAUGAAGCUAGAGAUUCAGAACCUGUACAAUGCAAAUGUCCGAAAUGUGGUUGUAAUGGGAUUGGCUCCUUUGGGGUGUGCCCCUUACUACUUGUGGUUGUAUCAGAGCAAAACUGGGCAGUGCAUAGAGACGAUAAACGACAUGAUACUUGAGUUCAAUUUUGCCAUGAGGUUCAUGGUUGAGGAGCUUAAUCGAGAACUCCUUGAUGCCAACAUAAUCUUUUGCGACGCCUUAGAAGGCUCCAUGGACAUAAUAAAGAAUCACAACCGUUAUGGAUUUAACGUCACAACGGAUGCUUGCUGUGGCUUAGGCAUGUACAGGGGUUGGAUUAUGUGCAUUUCACCAGAUAUGGCUUGUAAUAAUGCUUCGAGUCAUAUAUGGUGGGACCAGUUUCAUCCAACUCAAGCCGUUAACGAAAUUCUUGCUGACAACGUGUGGUCCAGCAGGCACACGAGCAUGUGCUACCCCAUGAAUUUGCAGGAAUUGAUAGCUCACAACGCAAAAAGUAAAUCCAGAGAAAAACGGGUAUGGUAA